AUGCCGGUCACUCUCCUUAAUAGCAUGCUCUUCCUCGCCACCCUCCACUCCGCCCUCGCAAACCCCGAACCAGCCGAAGCAAAACACGCCCUCUACCCCCGCUCCUGGCCCGUCUACUCCUACUCCGCCGAUGUCAACUCCAUCUACAUCGGCGGUGAUGUGAGCAGCUACGUCCCUUCCGCUUCGUCCGUGGUUGGGGGAUCGUACGAUCCUUCCGUCGUGCCGUCGGCGGCGUUGUCCGAGGUCGUUGGAGCCUCAUCAGCAGUAGGCGGACAGGUGUACUCGUCCUCGAUGCCUGGGUUGUCGUCAAUGGCUGCUGGGGUGACUGGAUCGGCGAGUGCUGGGCCAGCGCCAACGCCGCGGCCGAGCGGGGGAUCAGGUGGCGGUGGCGACGAUGGCGGGCAGAAUCCGAGGCCGGCACAGCAGCAGCAACAACAAGCCAACAGCAACGACGCCUCCACAAGCGGCGUUCCAAGCCCGGCUGAUCUGAACGGCGCGUCGCCUCUUCCUCCUCUAGGCGUGGGCUCGAUGGUGGUCCUCGGGGCUUUGGUCGGGGUCGUGGCGGUGGCUCUCUGA